UUGGGGCAGGCUGUGUGACCGUGGCUUCGGGCAAGUCCUGCCACCCCUCGACAUCUCCCUCUGGAGGACGGAAGCCACCGAGGUCACCACCCGAGGGCUGAUGUGAGCUCAACACUUUAAGAUGCUGAAAUUAUCAUGUGGACUCAGACUUGGGUUUAAACCUGGGCUCUACCCGUCCCCACUGAGGGACGCCUCAGUUUUACCCCGCCUGGAAAGAGAUGGGGUUCACCUUCCGACACCCACGGGGGCUGUUUUAAGACUCAGCCGCUUCCCGUGAUGACGGCCAUUCAUAAGCACUUGCUGCGUGCCAGGCUCCGGCGGUGCCUGCUCUGUGCCUGUCUGCCCGUCUGGAAGGGGGACCGACACAGGAAGAUUCGAACUAGGGAAGGCGGUCGAGUGCCCUGCAUGGCGCCUGGCGUGUGCCCAGCUCUGACGGCCUGUGAGCUGUGGUGAGCGGCACCCUCGGAUCCUGUCACCACUGUGGUUGCGAGUUAGAGUGCCUUGUGUGGGUCUUGUGCACGGCGAGUGCUCAGGAAAUGCCCUCUUUGGAAUCCAGAGGACCUGGGCUCUAAUCCCAGGACGUGUCACCUUCCCUUCCCGAGCCCUGGUUUGCCGUGGACAUUGUGCCUCAGGGGGCACGGCACCCAGCACCCAGCACCCAGCAGAGCGGAUGAGUUAGUGCCAGGCCGGCGAGUGUGGGCCGAGUGCGCUUACCUUGGAGGGGUGGUGACGAACUCACUCCCCGGCCAGCCUGCCCCUCAGAUUGUGACACCCCUCCCCCACCUAUGACCUCGCCCACCGGAGCGGCCAGUGGGAACUCUGAGGGGUCUGUGAGGUCACCCCAUUCCACAAAGGCUCUCGUCAGGCAGCAGCCGCUGGCUCGUCUCCGUCCCGCGGAAGUUUCUGGGACCCGAAGACUCGAGAGCCGUGGUCACGACGGAGCUCCUGAGAGGGACACGGAGCCUUCGGAACCAAGGACACCCCACGUGCUGACCCCGGGAGGCCAGAACCAAGGGCAAACGUCUCGUGGGCGUGAGGAGUGUCAUUCAGCAGUUCCAGGAGGCCCAAGAAGCCCACGGCCUGGCUUGGGCACUGUCACCGCCGCCAGGCCACCAUGGUCCUCGGCUGGCUGCUGCUUCUGGUGACGGCUCUGCCCCGGGGCACGACGGGCACCAAGGAGUGCGUGUUCUGUGAGCUGACCGACUCCUCGAGCUGCCCCGGCACCCACAUGCACUGCGGUGACGAUGAGGACUGCUUCACGGGCCAGGGGACAUCCCCGGGCCUUGGCCCCAUCAUCAACAAAGGCUGCCUGCCAUCCACGUUGUGCGGCCGCGAGGAGCCUGUCACCUACCAGGGCGUCACCUACAGCCUCAUCUCUACCUGCUGCUCUGGCCACCUGUGUAAUAGGGCCCCCAACCCUGCAGGCAGCCGGAGGGCACUGGGCAUUCUGCUGCUGCUGCUCCGUCUGCUGUGACCAACAUGGAGGGCAGGGCUUGGGACCCGCCUCCCGGCUCUGCUGCUCCCCGUGUCCCCUGCCUCCACCCUCUUCCCCCAUUAAAUGGCCAGAGGCUCUGGACAACCUCUUGUGGCCCUGGCUUCCUCUAUUCUAGGGCUGUCCACCAGGAGCCCGGGGCUCCGUGAAGCACCCUGAGGUCUGGAUUGGUGGCGGGUUUGACUAAAGCUUCUGCAUUUCAUUGGUUCUAAGACGCGGAUCUUUCCACACUGAUGAAGAUGCUUCCCUCUGUCUGUGGCUCCUAGGGUUGAUGAAAUAUGGUAAUAAUAACGAUAACAUUAAUAAACAACAGUCGGUGUUUACGGAGCGCUUCUUAUGUUACGUGCCAGGCGUCACAAUCUCAAUCCUCGUGUGCAGGUAGGAAGGUAGAGUCUCUCUCUGAAACAUCUCGGUCUCCACACUGCUCUGCUCAUUCUCAAAGUGUGGUCCCCCCGACCGGCGGCAUCAGCAUCCGCUGAGA